AUGGAGCCGAGACCGUCUAUCGACGGCGUGCCGCGACUGUGGCGCGGUAGGGAGGAGCUCGCGCGGAAGAAGGACGUGGUGACGGAGAUGGUCCCGUCUGUCGGCAGCAGGCCGCCUGGAGGCGGCGUUAUAAUCAGUUUUGUUCUUGCUGGAGCUGCGUGUGUGCUCAAUGCAUUGUGCUAUGCUGAACUCGCAUCUCGGUUCCCUGCUAUGGUUGGAGGAGCAUACUUGUACACAUAUGCAGCGUUCAAUGAGAUCACCGCUUUCUUGGUCUUCACUCAGUUGAUGGUGGAUUACCAUAUCAGCGCAGCAAGCAUUGCUCGUAGCUUAGCAAGCUACUUUAUCCAAUUCUUGGAGCUAAUCCCGUUCUUGGAGGGCCAAAUUCCAAGCUGGAUAGGGCAUGGGGUGGAGUUUUUCAGUGGUGUCGUAUCAAUUAAUAUAUUGGCCCCCAUUCUUCUCAUCAUCUUAACUGUGAUUCUCUGCUAUGGUGUCAAAGAGUCAUCGGCAGUGAACACGUUUAUGACAACAUUGGAGAUAAUCAUUGUUAUAUUCGUUGUAUUUGCUGGUGUGUUUGAGGUGGAUGUAUCAAACUGGUCACCAUUUAUGCCAAAUGGUUUCAAAUCUGUAGUGACUGGAGCCACAGUAGUAUUUUUUGCAUAUGUUGGAUUAGAUGCGGUUGCUAAUUCUGCUGAGGAAGCCAAAAGGCCACAGGGCCUGAAAUUUGUUACUGUAUUGAUCAGCAUUGGAGCUGUUGCUGGACUUACUACAACAUUUCUUAUUGGCUUGUAUGUUCAGUCGUGUUUGUAUCUUGGACUUGGAAGGGAUGGGCUGCUACCUUCAGUAUUUGCUAAAGUACACCCAACGAGGCAUAUUCCUCUACAAUCGCAGAUUUGGGUUGGUUGUGUUGCGGCAGUCAUGGCAGGCCUCUUUAAUGUGACUAUGCUCUCUCAUAUUCUUUCUGUUGGCACUCUGACUGGUUAUUCAGUUGUAUCAGCUUGUGUGAUCACACUAAGAUGGAAUGACAAAGGAACUAGUCGUCUCUCCCUUGGAAGUAUGUCAAUCCGGCAAGAGGGUGUUCUAUGUCUUGUCAUAGUUGCUCUUUGUGAUUUUAUAGUGGGACUUUGCUAUCGCUUUAACUGUGCUGUAGCCUUUAUGGUAGUAUCUUUUGUGAUAGCUGUUGCUGCCAGUUUUGCUCUCCAGUUCCGUCAGGUCUAUGUGGAUCCACCUGGCUUUUCAUGUCCUGGGGUACCAUUGGUUCCCAUUAUCUCUGUUUUCUUCAACAUGGUCCUGUUUGCUCAGUACAAUGCUGUUCCUUCCAGCUCAGAACACUCUACUAUUGGUUACCACGGCAUUCCUUCUGAGGCCCCAUGA